GCGUGCUAAUUUAUACCAGCGCAACUAGGUGACUAAAAAUAAAUAUUGUAGUUUACAUACACACAAUUUCAGUAACGAUUCGUUGUUUAUAACAAUUAUUUUGUUCAUUUAGUAUCUAAUGUUAAGUUCAAGCCAUAUCACCUUAAAAUAUUUAAGAAAUAAUUCAGAUUUAGUGGUAAACCCGGGGUUUAGAUAUGUACGCCUAUUAUUUGAGUUGUUAAACAUACAACAGAUAAGAUUACACAUCGAUAUCUUAUAAAUGUUUUUAAUAAACUUAGCGUUAUGGUUAGGGAUCGUUUAAACGAUUUGAUCAAGACAGGAAAUGUGAAAAGCCAAGAUGUACAAUUGGAAAUUGCGGCGGAAGAAAGGGAACCGCUGACUGGUGGUAAUUCCGAUAUAAGAGACACGUUUGAAAGAGCUGAAGUAUUGAGGGAUUGGAUCGAAUCAAUUGAAGCUAAUGUAGACCAUAUAAGACAAUGCAUCAAAAAAUUAGAUGACAUAAAGAUAAAUCAAAGGGACUUGAAUGAUAAAAUCGAUUCCCUUUUUCAAAACAACAUCUCGAUAUCGGGCAAAAUUCAAGCAAAACUGAAAAUUUUUGAAGAGGAACUGGUCAAUGUGAACACCUUAGGAGCCGAAGGACGUAUCAAGUCAAUUCAAUACAAUACAUUGAAAACGAGGUAUCAAAAAGCAUUCAAGCAAAAUGUAGCCGAAUUGGAACAUUUUCGAAAUGUUAAAAAGGCCCAAUUGAAGGCUCAAAUCAGGGCUAAAGGAAUCAGCGUGACUGAGGAACAGUUACUUAAAUUGAUUGAAGAUAAAACAGAUGUCCAAGUUUUUACCGAAAACUUAUUGAGUGAAACGGCCGAAGCUAAGAGACAGUUACAAGAUAUAGAGGAGAGGCACCAACAACUUUUAAAAAUCGAGACAAUGCUUGAAGAAGUCAGAGACAUGUUUCUUCAUAUGGCAAUAUUGAUUGAUAAUCAGCAAGAGUUAAUAGACAGGGUAGAGUAUCAAGCGGAAAUGGCUCAAAAUUUUGUUGAAAGAGGCCGAGAUGACCUUAAGAAGGGAGAAAAAUCGAGAAAAAAAUUUCAGAAGAAAAAAAUCAUACUUUUAAUAGUACUUAUUAUCAUAUUAAUAGUUGUACUUGUCCUGGUAUUUAAAUAACGACAGCACAGUACUCGGUAUUUGAUAAGUUUUGUAUUAUUUUUAUAUAGCUAAAUAAUAGAUAAACGAUAUUGUAAA